UGGUUUCAAUGGGGAUACAUGAGGCCUCUUACAAGGUUUAUCUGGAAAAAAGAUCACAUUAGUCAACCCAUAACAUCUGAGGCAUUCUUUUAUUAUUACCAGAUAUAACUUUAAUGACCAGAACUCUGAAAUUAGGCUCCAGUGUUGCCAUUUCUCCACAUCUCUGGCUUCUGAUUUGACCCCUGACCUCCAUCCUAAAAUAACAUGCGUUUCAAUAACAGAGUAAUUUACAAGCUAAAUGACAAAUACGUCCUGUUUAAAAAAAAAACAACUAAAAAAUACGCUUGCUUAUUUCAUCAGCAGGACACCGCGCCCUGAGCCAAAGUGUUUACCCAGCCUAAAAGUGCCUGGGAGGCCGACCGACAGUCAGCAGGCCUCACAAAAGGGCCAUUCAUCGGUAGAAACCCAGACCAAUGCUGCCACGUCAAAAUGUUUGAGCAUACAGUACUGGUUCAAGUGUUUUUUUCUCUGUUUUGGCCAAGAAGACAGCGUGAAAUUACAUAGCACCACCCGUGCAGGACAGGCACCCAAAAAGGCCAAAAAGAAGGAGGGCGGAGGCUCCGGUGUCGUCAGUAUGUUUGAGCAUAACCAGAUCCAGGAGUUCAAAGAGUGUCUCCCUGGAGCUGCACUGCCUCUUCUGGUAAACUGUGUAACUGUUCUAAGCUUGCAGGCGUUCUCAACCAUGGUCCAGAACAGAGACGAUAUCAUUGAUAAGAGCGACCUGAGGGACACUGUUGCUGCUCUGGGUGGCUUUAAUGUUAGUACUGAUGAGCUUGAUGAGAUGAUGAACGAGUGUCCAGACCCCGUCAACUUCACUUUAUUCUUGAACAUGAAAAAACUCAAAGGAACUGACCCCCAGGAGAUGAUUCUCAGCACCUUCAAGGUCUUUGACCCGGAAGGAGCAGAAGUCCUCGGGGGGAUGAGAUUAAAUAUUACCUCAUGUCACAGGCUGACAAGUUUACAGAGUAUGAGGUGAAUCUGAUUUUUACAAACUUCCCUGUGGAUGUCACCAGUAACCUUGACUACAAGACUUCGUGUUAUGUGAUCAUCACCCACGGAGAGGACAAAGAGCAGGAGUAAAAAGGAGGAGAAGAAAAAGAAGAAGACAGAUGAAAGAGAAAGGAGGAGGAGCUGCAGCGAAGCUACUGGCUGUAAAUAGUCUUGCCACGCUGUGAAGUUGUGGCGUACAGUAUGUGUGUAAAUGUAAUUAUGUGCAAUAAAGCGGUGACUUUACAAAAAUGAA